CCCAGAACUCAGGGGAUCUAUUGGGCUCCACUAUUCGCUUCCUAGGUUUAUAAACUGAUUUCACUCCCUGAGAAGUGGUUGAAGCGGAAGGACUAACUGUUUUCCAAGCUCCACCACCGCCGCCGCCCUCUUCUCUCUUCCUCCGAUUUAUUUUGGUUACACGGAUUGGAAAAAACGAAAACAAUGGCGUACGCAGCGAUGAAGCCGACGAAGCCGGGUUUAGAGGAGUCCCAGGAGCAGAUUCACAAGAUUCGUAUCACACUGUCCUCAAAGAACGUGAAGAAUUUGGAGAAAGUAUGUGCUGACUUGGUUCGUGGUGCCAAGGACAAAAGGCUCAGGGUCAAGGGACCAGUGAGAAUGCCAACUAAGGUUCUUCACAUCACUACUAGGAAGUCUCCUUGUGGUGAAGGUACAAAUACUUGGGAUAGGUUUGAACUCAGGGUUCACAAGCGCGUGAUUGACCUUUUCAGUUCCCCAGAUGUUGUUAAGCAGAUCACUUCAAUUACUAUAGAACCUGGUGUGGAAGUUGAAGUUACCAUAGCAGAUUCUUAGACAUCAAUGAUGGCACGCUAUUUGAGCUUUUAUUGAUUGAGUUCAACCUCGAACUGAUGAACCAAGACUUCUGCAGAGGUUCUCAUAGGAGUUCCUUUUUUAUAUUUACAAUUUUGGAUGUCAAAGACUAUUUUAGUAAGGAAAUGUGGGUAUUUGUUGAUUUCUGUUGAAAGCAUAUUACUUUCGAAUGUUGAGAUAUGAGCUUCAUUUUAUGUGAUGACCAUAGGUAAUUAGGAGUCCACUGUUGCAGGGAUCACUAUGAAACUGCCAAUAUGUCUAAAACUUUGCCAUCAGAUACAGAGGUUUGCUAUCCGAAAUGGAGGACGUUAAAUUAAAAUCA